AUGGCAGUCAAGGAAAGAAGAAAGGUCCAUGAACUUCUGGAAGUCGAAUCUAAUAUCCAUGAACUGUGGAACAAGGAGAAACCCUUCGAAUCAGAUGCUCCAGAAGAUGAAAAGUAGGUUUUAUUUUAGCUUGGACCUUAUUUUUUAGUUCAAAGGAAAAGAAAUUUUUGGUCACCUUCCCUUUCCCCUAUAUGAACGGUCGUCUUCAUGUUGGCCACAGCUUUACAGUGUCCAAAGCCGAGUUUGCUGUUGGAUUUGAACGAAUGUUGGGGAAAAGGGCGCUGUUCCCUUUUGCUUUCCAUGCGACUGGAAUGCCAAUCAAGGCUUGUGCUGAUAAAUUGGUAGCUGAGAUCGAAGAAUUCGGAAAUCCUCCAGUCUUCCCGGAACAGGAGGAGGUUAAAGUAGAGAAGUCGGAGAUCGACGAGAUCAUUAAAGACAAAUCUAAGAGUAAAAAAGUAUGUUACCUUUUUGCUUCAUUUUUGGUUUUAGUCAAAGGCAGUUGCUAAAAGUGGUUCUUCCAAGUACCAAUGGAAUAUUAUGAAAUCUUUGGGGCUUUCCGACGAAGAAAUUCCAAAAUUUGCUGAUCCAAAUUAUUGGCUGGAUUACUUCCCAGAUUAUUGUAUCAAGGAUCUUCAGCGAAUGGGAGUACGUGUUGAUUGGCGGAGAUCUUUUAUGACCACUGAAAGGAACUUGUACUUUGACAGUUUCGUUAGAUGGCAGUUCAGAAAGCUGAAAGCUCUGAAUUUGAUCGAUUUUGGAAAGAGGUAGCAACACUGCAAGCGUUUUAUUUUUGUUUGUAGAUAUACCGUCUACUCUCCAAAAGACGGUCAACCAUGUAUGGAUCACGAUCGUUCAGCGGGUGAAGGAGCCGGUCCUCAAGAAUAUACUUUGAUUAAGAUCAAAGUUGUUUCUGAUGUUCCUGAAGCGCUGGCCAAGACCGGCAAGCCCGUGUUUCUGGUAGCUGCUACUCUUCGUCCCGAGACCAUGUAUGGCCAAACGAACUGCUUCAUUCAUCCUGAACUGAACUAUGCGGCUUUUUAUGUUGGUCAGAAUGAAGACGAGAUCUUUGUUGCCACCAAGAGAGCUGCUCGGAAUAUGUCAUAUCAAGGGUUUACGAAGGAAACAGGAGUUGUUAAAUAUGUUGAUGGAUGUGAAGCACUGAAAGGCCAAGUUUUUAUUGGAGCGAAGUUGAAAGCUCCAUUGGCCACAUACGAACACGUGUAUGCUCUUCCAAUGAUGACUAUCAAGGAAGACAAGGGUACUGGAGUCGUAACAAGUGUGCCAUCUGAUGCUCCAGAUGAUCUUGUCACUUUGAAUGAGUUGAAAAAGAAGCCUUUGUGGAGAGAAAAAUGGGGAAUUAAGGAUGAACAGGUUCUGCCAUUCGAGCCCGUUGAGAUCAUCGAUAUUCCCGGUUUGAGCACACUUAGUGCGGUAUUGAUGGUCGAGAAAUUGAAGAUCCAGAGUCCCAAUGAAAAAGAUAAAUUAGAAAAUGCCAAGAAAGAAGUUUAUCUCAAAGGUUUCUACAAUGGAAUCAUGAUGGUUGGAAAUCAUAAGGGGAAAAAAACGGAGGAAGUGAAGAAAUUGAUCCAGAACGAAUUAAUCGAAUCCAACGAAGCCGCUAAAUACAUGGAGCCAGAAAAACUGAUCAUCAGUAGGUCAGGAGAUGAGUGCGUGGUGGCUCUUUGUGAUCAAUGGUACCUGGACUACGGUAUUGAAUCUUGGAAAGAAAAGGCAAAAGAAGCUGUGGCCGAGAUGGAAACUUUCGGAGAUGAAGUGAGGAGGAAUCUGAUCCACACAAUCGAUUGGCUUCAUGAAUAUGCAUGUGCCAGAUCGUUCGGAUUGGGAACGAAAUUACCGUGGGAUGAGAGAUAUCUGAUCGAGAGUUUGUCCGACUCCACCAUCUACACUUCCUAUUAUUCUUUUGCUCAUAUUCUCCAAAAGGGAUCCCUGGAUGGAAGAGACACCAAAAAUGGAGUGCAGGAUGUUAAGUGAGUUACCAGUGUUGUGUGGUUAAAGCCUUAUGAUUUUACAGGCCUGAGGCUUUGAAUGACGCUUUCUGGGAGUAUGUGUUGAUAACUGGAGCUAAGUGGACUGACGACAUCAAGGUGCCGAAGCCUAUUGCCGACAAAUGUAGAAGAGAAUUCAACUUUUGGAGAGCGCCAGAUCAGAGGGUUUCCGGGAAAGACCUGAUCCAGAACCACUUGAGUUUUUAUGUUUUCAACCAUGUGGCCAUCUUUGGAAACGAUAAGAACAAAUGGCCUAAGGGCAUCAGAGCGAAUGGUCACCUGUUGCUGAAUAGUGAGAAAAUGUCAAAGAGUACAGGAAACUUCUUGACUCUCUCAGAAGCCAUCGAUCGCUUCUCUUCGGACGGAAUGAGGUUGGCCUUGGCUGAUGCUGGAGAUGGAAUUGAAGACGCCAACUUUGUUUAUGAUGUGGCUGAUGCCGGUGCUCUGAGACUUUAUAAUUUGAUUGAAAGUACCAAAGAAACUGUCGAAAGGAAGAACAACAAUGGAUAUAGAUCUGGAGCUUUUACAACUAUAGACAAGUAUUUCGACAACCGAAUGGCAGCGCUGAACGCAUUAACCAAAGAUUCUUACAUCAAAACUGAAUAUAAAAACGCCCUAAAAUACGGUCUCUUUGAAUUCCAGGUGUGUUAUUAUCUAAUCGAAGAUUAAUGAUUGCGUUUACGUUUAGAGCGCGAAGGAAUUGUACCGAGAAAUGUGUGGAGGAGAAGAGAAAAUGCAUCUGGAUUUGAUUGUGAAGUACCUGAGAACACAGGUCUUGAUACUCUCUCCUAUCUGUCCUCAUAUCAGCGAACAUAUCUGGAGAUUGUUGGGUGAGAAGGAUCUUCUGGUCAAUCAAUUGUGGCCUGAACCCCAGGAAGUGGAUGAUGAUCUGAGUCGGCAACUGGAGUUCAUCACUGAAGUUGUUAAGACUUUUCGACAGAAACUUCAGGUUGGUUGUGUUUUUUUAUGAUAAUCUUUCUGCAGAAUCACUUGACUGUCAAGGGAAAGAAGGGCCCCAAAGUUGAUCCCCCAACCGAGGCUCUUAUCUAUGUCGCCAAUAAAUAUCCAUCCUGGCAAGCAGAGGUGUUGUCCCUUCUAAAGAAUCUGGCUGUGGACAACACUUUCCCGGAUAAUCGAGCAAUUGCUGAGAAAACAAAGGAGUCCGAAAAUCUGAAGAAGAACAAGAAGGUCAUGCCUUUUGUGAACGCCGUGAAGAUCGACUACGGGGUGAGGGGAGAUGUCGCUCUCUCGGAUACCUGUCUGAUCUCCCAAACAGAAGUUCUGGAGUCUUGUGCUCAUUAUAUCCAAUAUGCUUUGAACCUGCAAUCUUUCAAGGUUCUGGAUGUGGAAAAGGAAGAAACACUUGACCCCAAUUUUGUCGAGAAAUGCCUUCCUCUCAAACCUCUAAUCACCUUCAAUUAA